UUGCUGGUGGAUAUAUUUUUCCAUCGCACAAUCACUAUUGAUACAUUUUAAUUCGUUUUUGUUUGAACGUCAUAUAUAUUUUACAAUGAUAAGGCACAUUAUUUCCAUUAUGAAUUCAAUCUGCAUGGCAUUGACUUUCAUUUCGACGCUUUUAGCCACCAGUUUCAAUUACAGCGCGUGAUAAAAAAAAAACACAAGGAUGAAGACAAAUCCGAAAAGAUGGAAAAACACUGCGGUGGGCCGGCCCAGCGUGCACGGUACGCAACGCAGCGCGUGGGGCUGCAUGUGAAAUCAAUCGAUACUCGGCGACCAUCCCAGCCCAGCGGCAGGCGAGCGGCGUGCACGCACCAGGCAGCAGGCAAGGCGGGCAGGCUCAGGGUAAAGUGCCGUCGCUGGUGGAGUUGGGGAGAGAGCAAGUGGCGCAGGGUUGCAGCUCUGAGUUGCACCGCAGCCGCCUCCCACCACCACCUCCACCACCUUCCUGCUCCUCGUCGUGCUGCGUGAGCCGGCGCGUAUUUGACCGGCACACCGGCCGGCCGGCCUGCCAGGGACCGCGAGGGGGGCUCCAGGAACCAGGGGGGGGGGGAGCUCCGACUGCUUGAAGCGGUGGUGGCAAUCGUGAGAUCGAGAGAGCUUCCCGAGACAGCAGAAGCAGCGACGGCGUCAGCGGCCAUGCAGGACCCGGACAAGCAGCAGGGCUCACUGGCGUGGGGCGCGCGUGAGAUCGCCCGCCACGUGAAGAAGCAGGCGGCGCGCGGCACGGACCGCGUGCAGGAUGAGCACACGCGGCGCUCCUACUCACGCUUCGACGACGAGGACGACGAGGAGGCCGGUGACGCCGGGGUGGGACGCGGAGCCGCGGGGUCCCCCACGGGCCGCGCCGGGGAGAGCGAGGGCUCCAGCGAGGCCACGGAGGGGCACGACGAGGAGGACGAGGUCUACGAGGGGGAGUACCAGGGGGUCCCCGCCGCGGGGAAAUCGGGCCACGCGACGGCGUGGGAGAACGAUGUGCGUAAGACGGGCUGGGAGGGCGAGGCGGAGCGCGUGAGCGAGCUGGAGGAGCUCGCGCAGCAGUACGAGGUCAUCCUGCAAGAAUGCGGCCACGGUCGCUUCCAGUGGCGCCUCUUCUUCUCGCUGGGCCUGGCGCUCAUGGCCGACGGCGUGGAGAUGUUCGUGGUCGGCUUCGUGCUGCCUAGUGCCGAGCGCGACGUCUGUUACAGUCGCGAGAACAAAGGCUGGCUCGGCGGUUUCGUGUACGUGGGGAUGAUGAUCGGGGCGCUGCUCUGGGGCGGCCUGGCCGACCACAUGGGCCGGAGGCAGAUCCUCCUCGUCUCCCUCUCCUUCAACGGAUUCUUCUCCUGCCUCUCCUCCUUCGUGCAGGGCUACGGUGCCUUCCUCUUCUGCCGGUUCCUCUGCGGGAUCGGCAUCGGCGGCGCGGCGCCGAUCGUCUUCUCGUACUUUGGCGAGUUCCUGUCACGGGAGAAGCGCGGAGAGCACCUGAGCUGGCUGUGCAUGUUCGGCAUGAUCGGCGGCAUCUACGCAUCCGCGAUGGCCUGGGCCAUCAUCCCGCAUUACGGCUGGAGCUUCAGCAUGGGCUCCGCGUACCAGUUCCACAGCUGGCGCGUGUUCGUCAUCGUGUGCGCCCUGCCAGCCGUGUCGGCCGUUGUGGCGCUCACCUUCAUGCCGGAGAGCCCUCGCUUUCUCCUGCAGAUGGGGAAGCACGACGAGGCGUGGAUGGUGCUCAAGCAGGUGCAUGACACCAACAUGCGCGCGCGGGGCCACCCCGAGAGAGUCUUCACUGUAACGCAGAUCAAGACCUUGAAGCAGGAGGACGAGCUGGUGGAAAUGAUGUCGGACACCCGAGUCUGGUACCGCCGAUUGCCCAUGCGCACGGGCACGCAGCUGCACUCAAUAUGCAAGACCCUGCGGAUGUGCUUUGCCGGUCCCAUCAGGAGGACCUCUUUAAUGUUGGUGGCUGUCUGGUGCACCCUAUCCUUCGGCUAUUACGGGCUGAGUGUGUGGUUCCCGGAGAUAAUCAAGCAGCUGCAGAACGAAGAGUACGCGAAGCUGCUGAAGAUCCACAACAAGCAGAGUGUGGUGGACACCACCUUCAACUUCUCCAUGGCAAACCAGGUCCACAACAAUGGGGAGUUCGUCAAUGACAGGUUCGUGCACAUGAAGUUCAAGUCUGUAACGUUCAACAACUCAAUAUUCAGAAACUGCUACUUUGACGACGUUACCUCCUUGAGCACUUUCUUCGUGAAUUGCACCAUCAUCAACACGACAUUUUACAACACAGACUUCUUCGCGUUCAAGUUUGAGGGCAGCCUGCUUCUCAACACCACAUUCGAGAAGAAUAAAGUGGGCUGCCACAUCGGCUACAGCAAUGACUACAGUGCCUUCUGGGUCUACUUCGUCACGUUCCUGGGCACGCUGGCCGUGCUGCCCGGCAACAUUGUGUCGGCGCUGCUCAUGGACCACAUCGGCCGUCUCAACAUGCUGGGUGGUUCAAUGGUGCUUUCCGGCAUCAGCUGCUUCCUGCUGUGGUUCGGGAACAGCGGCGCUACCAUGAUCGGCAUGCUGUGCCUCUAUAACGGCCUCACGAUCUCGGCGUGGAAUUCGCUGGACGUCCUCACCGUUGAGCUCUUCCCAACUGACCGCAGGGUCACGGGGUUCGGCUUCCUCAACUGCCUGUGCCGGCUCGCCGCGGUGCUCGGCAACGUCAUCUUCGGCUCCCUGGUGACCAUCACCAAGGUGGUCCCCAUCCUGCUCGCCUCCGUCGUCCUGACGAUGGGAGGACUCAUCGCUUUCCGGCUGCCUGACACGCGCAACAUCGUUCUCAUGUGAGCGGAGUGGGGGGGGGGGUGGUCACCAUUUGGUCCCGCUGCCGGGGUCAAGACGCACACAAAGACACACAUACACGCACGCACGCGCGCGCGCAACGUGCACGGGCAGCAACACGUACUGACACCUGUAGCCACAGCUGGCCAUGCUUACGUUGCGGUGGUAAGAAGGUCAGUUUUGUAUGUAUUGUGAUAUCCACAAACCUGAAGUGGAACGGUAACUGGCAGGGCUGGGGUGGGGUGGGGGGGCAGAUUUAUAUCCGAUGGCUUUGCCCCCGCCGCACCCCCUUACUGCAUGGAUGAUGCACUAUGGGUAAUUGCUGGGGGUGCUCGCCAAAUUAAUCAUGCUUUUCCCAAUACAGUAUUAAGGAUACUUUUUUUUUUAAUGGCACUUUGUAAUGUAUUAUUAUGACAUUACUGUACUACCGUAUGUAAUAUAUUAAUCUGUAUACUGUCAUUAUAUUUUUUGAAAUGUUAUAAUAUAUUCCUAUAUAUGCUGUAAUUCUGCAUAUCAUUCAAAGUGUAAUGUAUACACAGUAGUGGCUGACCUAUGGAUUAACUGCCCUCUGCCACAGGAAUGUUGAAAUCUCACCAUUGGCUCAGGGCCAUAAUCAGAUUAUUGCUGUUGUCCGAGUGGUGGAAUUCUUUAACUUUUAAGUUGGCAUACACAAUCAAAUGUGGUUUAUAUAUCAACAUCAAAAUGAAUAUGUAGCUCUCAAUUGUAUGUAAGUUGUACUUCUUUCGCACCGCAUGCAGCCAACCGUGCUAAUCGGAGGAAUUACAAAUGCUACAUUGUACUGCAUUCAUAUUUGAGCGUUAUAAAUUUGACUAGGUGCAAUCCAAUGAAGGCUAACCUCUAGUUGUAUACAGUAUACAGUACAGCAUAUGUUCCAUGUAGAUGUUAUUAUUGUGUUUACAUUAAUUCACAUCAUGACGAAUAACGAGUUCCCCAGACAACGAUUAUACUACCAAAGGUGGCAUUCAGCCACGUGCAACUAAAUUCAAUGUCAAUACUGAUGACCCAAACAAAUUAUGCCUAUAAAUGCAUGCAACUGCUGAACAUACAUUCACAUUACAACAGUCGUAUAAUUGUACACGACAUGCCAAAUGCGGGUCAGCGACACACAAGAACGCUGAUAACAUCACAGAUGCUACAGCUGAGAAGACGGUAUGUAUGUAGAACUUCUUUCGCGCCGUACGUAGCCAACCGUGCUUACAGGAGGUGCGAGCAAAGGCCAACAAAUGUAGUGGUACAUCAUGCCCAACCACAGCAUAUGCAACAUCACACAUACGGGGACCGAAGCAGCCACACGCAUUGUGCAAUGUGCAACCAGACGAAACACGUAAACUGAUGAUGUUACGCCACUGGACCGCAUUGCAGUAGCUUUUGGUCUGUGGUCUAGGUUUUAUGUUUUUAACACACCGCAUGUGCCAAAGCUCCAUCAAAUAUCUGUGGCAUUUGCUGUAACUAAAGCCAUGUGAAAGCAAAACAAGAAAAAAAAGUAUUUGAACGUGCUUUCUAAAUUGCUGCUAUCUGUAAAACGUUUGUGGCAUUUGUAAAAACUUAUAAUUACGUUAUCCUGUAAAAUAUACCUGUGUACAAUGUGUUUGUUACGCCGUUGGAAAAAAUUGCAUGCGUUGGUGAAACAAGUGUUCCGAAUCACAGGAUAGAGUGAAGUCGAUGUUGUUUUAAGUGGGUGCCGUGGAAUUUUACUGUAAAUGAGAACACUUUUUUACAAUGUACAUUGUUUAAACUUUGACAGCUGAAGUAUUUAACGGAGGUGAAAGGUUUGGAAUAAUUAAACUAUUGUCAGUCUAUUGGCUGGUGGUGUAAAACGAAUUAAGUGGCAUUUUCCAUCAGUUUGUGUCCCCGAAGCAUUGUGAUGUUUAUAAAAUGAAGGUAUUUUAUUCAACCAGCCACGAUAGCAUAUGGAAAUAAUGUAAAGUUACAUUAAGAUAAAUUAUAACAGCUGGUGAUGAUGAUGAUGAGAAUGACGAUAUAUUACUACUGUAAUACAAUGAUGACCGUACCAACUUAGAUACAUUUAGAAGUCGAGUAAAAUUGCAUUUCCAAACGACCAAGGGGCUUCCCCCAUCGUGAGAAGGCCACAGCCUUGCAUGUUCCUGCACUACCCCUCAAAACUCAAUGGACCAAACCUGAGUCUCAUAAUCUAUCGUUUGUGUUUUCAUUGUGCGCAACAAAUAAAAUCGCCUGUACAUAUGAACGCUCUUACGCUCUCUGAGAAUGCUCUGCUCUAGUGCCUGAUGUCGUUGCCUCUUUACAGACCGUGUUGGGCUUCAGGGUUUGAGUUUGCCAACUGUUGUGUCAUUAAAGUUAUUGCAAAAUCCUGUUCUGAA